AGAUGGUGCCGUCGACGUGGGGCUGCCUUUCCUCACCUUAGCAACCAGGAAGUGAUUGACACACACCCAGAGGAGGACACUGACACACACUACACGCAUCUCAAAGAUUGGGGUCAAAGCUGCCUGUGAUGUUGAAAUGAAGAUUGAUGAGAAAGUUAUCACCUACUUUGAAUCUUGCACCUCACCAGUGGACAAAGAAGGGUACCUGUCCAAGAAGGGCGAGAUAAAGACUUCCUAUCAGAAGCGCUGGUUCGUGCUGAAGGGGAACCUCCUCUUCUACAAGGACAAGCCGGCGGACCGGGACGUGACAGGAGUGAUUGUUCUGGAGGGCUGCACCGUCCAGCUGUGCGAGUCCGAGGAGCAGUUCGCCUUCUCGCUGGUGUGGAACGAGCCAGGGCUACGGACGUACAAGUUUGCCGCCGAGGACCAGGCCGAUCAGGAGAGCUGGAUCAAGGCCCUGCUGUCAGCCAAUCACAACUACCUGUCCCUGCUGGUGAUGGACCUGGAGAAGAAGUACAGAGAAUUAUUAGGCGAGUUCGCCAGUGAACCAGCCAACCCUUUCGUCAUGCCAGAUUUCAGUUCAGCAGAAGUGGGACAUCCUGCAGCCUAUCAGAACAUACAAUCUUCAACACUGCCUCCGUUUGCAGGAGCAGCCGAAGCAGGAGCCGAAGCAGGAGCCGGUCUGAGUUCCGGUCAGCUGCUCCAAGCUCCGAGCAUUUCAUCCAAAUCCUCCAGUAAAAGAUCGCCCAAACUGUGGGCCAAGAGGAGCGCCAAUGUGGUGCCCGUUAACACUCCUGGACCACCUCUGGGGGACUGGUCAGCCGUCUGUUUAGGCACCAAGGAGGAAUUCACUCAGUUGCAUGAGGAUUUUGGAAAAGAGGUGAAGGAACUGAUUGCUGAUUGGCUGAAGAGGGGACAAGAUGAUGAAGCUGUUCAGCAGGAAAACUUGAUAGAUUUUGGUUAAUAAGUGUGUAUAAGUUUCUAAACCUUAAUUUCAUUACGAGUGGUUACAUUACAAAGCUAUUUUGUAAAUAUUGAGAUAUUGUUAUUGUUGAGAUAUAUUUGUUGCUCAAGGGCGUCCUUUUCUUCACUUAUUAUGACAUGGAGUCAAUAAAUGAUCUCAUGCUCUUUU